CGGCAGGGCCUGUUAAGUACGGGGCGGGGCAGAGUAACCCUUUCGCGAGCUCAGUCCUUGUAGUUCGGCGACCGAGCGAUUGCAGGUGCGGGGCGGGAAAGAGGAAGGAGCAGGUGGGUGCGCGCGCAGUUGCCAUAGGAACGAAAGAGCAAAUCGAGGGCCGGCCAAGCCGUGUUACAGGCCGCAUAAUAAACGGUUCCCCGACGGCUUAGCGUUCACUCUGCGGCUGCCAUCUUGUAUUAAACCGGUGGUUGUGAAGGCGGCUCUUUCGUUUUCUGAACGCUGCCGUUUCGCCGUGAGUAAUAGGGAGAGGGAGCCUCCUGUAGGUCGAAGUUGUGCAGCUCCCCUCUCUCCCUUCUUGACAAGGAAGUGGAUGUGCUUUAUAAUCAUAGAAUUGCGGAGUUGGAAGGAACCACGGGGGUCAGUUAAACCAACCCUCUGCAACGCGGGACUCGAACCCAUGACCUAGGAGUAAGAGUCUCAUGCUACUAUUGAGUUAUCUCCCAUGUUUUGUUUCUCUUUUUUAAACGACCAAACAAACUUGUGACUAUUACAGUGGUACCUCGGGUUAAGUAGGUCCGUUCUUAACCUGAAACUGCUCUUAAUCUGAAGCACCACUUUAGCUAAUGGGGCCUCCUGCUGCUGCCGCGCCGCCGGAGCACGAUUUCUGUUCUCACCCUGAAGCAAAGUUCUUAACCCGAGGUACUGUUUCUGGGUUAGCGGAGUCUGUAACCUGAAGUGUCUGUAACCUGAAGUGUCUGUAACCCGAGGUACCACAGUAUUUGAUGUACGGCUGCUAAAACGCCUGGUGGUUACAUGUUUUCCUGUUCUUUUCGACAGCUGCAGUUUCUUAGGAAGACACUACAGUAUUGUAAAACCUGUGAGAUGGCCAUGCCCACUGUUGCCGUGUACACACACCCCUUUGAAGAAUUUACCAGGAGGAAAUGCAUCCUUGGCCUGAAAAACUUUCCCUACCACUGACAUAAUAGGACUGGACCAGCUGUCUCCAAACAAGUAUCCAGGUGAAAGCAUUUUGCAGCAGGUGAAACAUCUGGCAGCCACACAUGGAGCGUUGGGCCUUUUACCCACAGCACCUCCUUGACUGAAUUAGUUGUUAAUUUACAUGGGGAUUCCUUCCUUGGAUUAAAAAUGUGCCCCAGGUUGGAAUAGGUUGAAGACUAUUAGUUUAGGGUUUCAUUUAAAAUACCCUAGAUAAGCAGAGAGAAAUAUUUGUAUAUGCAUUUGUGAAAAUGCUUCUCUCUUUUAAAAUUACGAUAUACCUUUCAUGUUUUCUCCUUACUUGGAAGAAUAGAUCAUAUUUAAAGCAUCUCAACUGUUCAUUCAGAAUGGCAAAAAUGUUGGAAGUGGAAUUGGGAUAAUCAUCAGAAUUGAUAAAUGGGUAUUAUGUAUAUUUGGUGAAACAGACAUGCCUCCACAUUCUUUCAAAUUUAUAUUGAGAGUAUGCUGUGUUUUACAAGGUUUUUUUAAAAAUAAAAAAUAUUUAAUUAUUAUUUCCUCAUUUACAGGUAUGCAGUAUAAAUAUUGGCAAUGACUCUUCACGAGAUUGUUCAGACUGCAGCCAGUUUAUAUCCUGAGAGAAGAGCAGUAUGCUUUGAUGAAUGCAUCAAUAAGGUUCCAGUUAUCUACACUUACAAAACAGUUAUUAACCUAGCCACAGAACUUACCGAUUUCCUGAAGAAACAUUGUAAUUUCACCGAACGAUUUGAAAUAGGCCUCUACUGCUACCCAGGAAUAAAUCUGCCUUCUUGGAUUAUAGGGUAUUAUUUCUAUACAUUGUUAAUAUAUAAGUAUAGCAUGAGUACAGAAUGUUAUAUACACUAUACUGUAUAUAGAAUAUUUUACAGUCACCGCAUUAAGCCAGCUUAGUUUUUAAAACAAUUGUCUGUUUGCAUUACAGUGGGCUGGUGCACAGGAUAAACUGUGGUUUAAAGGUGAACGUGCAGUGGGCUGGUGGCCAGGAUAAAAUCUUGUACACUUCACUUAUAAUUUGUUAGUCUUUAAGGUGCUAUAUGACACUUCCUUGUUUUUUCAUCAAGAGAUUAACACAGCUGCCCCUCUAGAAAUCCUGUAAAUGCUUACUCAGAAGAAUGUCCCAUUGAAUUCAGUGGGUCUUACUCUUAGAAAAGUGCUUACAGGAUUUCACUUGAACCAAAUCUCCACACCAGUUUAAGAUUUGUUUUGUUCAGUAACUUAAGCCACUAGAUGGAGUGAUGAGCACACUGAUGAACCAAACCCAUUUGUCUUUAAAAAUAAUGGGCUUUUGUUACUUCAGGUAGCUUUGCUCACCUAAAACUGCUAUUAAUUUGGUGGGACAGGAUCCAAAAGGAUGCACCCAAGGCCUUGGACAUACAAUAGAAUUCUGUACCCCACCCCCCGUUAUGAACAGUUACCUCCCCUACAACAUUUGAAAUUUUUCGGUUUCAGUAUUAGCUUGCUGAAUCAUAUGGGUGAAGCUGCCCACAAAACACAAGAUUAGAGCCUCAGUAUUAUUGGUAUCCAUGCGUAAUCAGUUAUAAAAGUGUGAAAUUGAAGCAGUUGUAGAUAAUGAGUUGUACUGGAUUAAGUGAUGCUCAGAGCCGAUCCAUUUAGACCAAUGGAUUUAAGUCAUGACUAACUUAAAUCUGUUGGUUUCAGUGGGUUAACGCAGAUUAUGACUUAGUUGGGUGCAACCAACUUUUUAUGUGAAUCAGGACAGUAGUACCUUUAGGUAUGAAUUCCUUUGGAGAAUUGUCUUAAGUAACAUGUUCUCAAUUUCUUUAAGUGAAAGAAAAAGUUGCAGUUUGCUCCAAUGCAUCUAGGGUGGGGUGGCUGGGUGUGUAAGCAGAUAGUGACAAGCACAUCCCUUGUCAGGUUAGUGUGUGUGCUACACAGUUUAUUGCACGUACACUAGUUUUGCAUGUACAUUUCCAGGCUGAAUCCAGCUUUUGGGGUUGAAUGCACAGUUCCCCUCACUGUCUUUGGAACCAAAAGUACAGCUCAUAACACUUGCUUAGAGAUGGAGGGAAAAUAAAUUGAAUCCAGCCCACACUCUCCUCUUCCCACCAGAUAUCAGGUUGACAUUAUCAAUAUUGAUUGGCAGGUAGUAAUGCUCACUUCUGGAUUUGAAGCAUGGAAUGUUAAACUAAGAUGCUAGGAUGAUGUAACAUAACUGGAGUAGUCUAGCUAGUUCAUUUUUCACUUGUCAGCAGUUGACGCUAGCUUUUAAAAAAAUUAAUCAUUGAGUAGGGUUUUUGGGAAAUUCUAUUUUGAAACACAGGUAUAUAAGUGAUGGCUGAAAUAAUGAUAGGUUAUAUUUAUAUACCUAGUUGAUGUCUUGUUACUAGGUAAGCGAUUGAUGCAGUUCGCAUGCUAAUCUCACAACAAAUGAAAAUAGAAUUAUAAUGUGUUUGGCAUUUAUGAGUCUAAUCCACAUUUCCUCCUCCAAAUGCACGCACCCAUUGAGUUAUUUAUUGAUAAUGGCUUUCUUUCUGCCUUUAGGUCAAUUGCAAAAAUCUUAGAAAAAUCUAACAUUUGUGAUUUAUGAUGUAUGUCAUUCAUUUUCACUUUGCCUGACAGAAAAGAUCUGUGGAAAUUUCCAAGUAGAUUUCCUUACUCCUUUGGGGCAGGGGUUCUGUUCUGGGCCCCCACACAUGUUGGCAGAACCCACGCAAAGCAUUCUACCCCACUCCUGUUCUGCCCUUUUAGUGAUAUUUUAGGGUAACUUCUGUGUUCAGCGCUGUAUGCAAUCGCACGCCAAUAGAGCACACGUCAGUUGGUCGGUGCCUGUACAAUAAACUAAAGCCUGUGUCAUAUACGUACUUCCUAUGCAAAGAUGUACACACCCUAUUCACAAAGGUUAUGUGUGUUCAGGGGGAAAUCUAACACAUGGAGCAGUUCCUGAAGGUCACACUAGACAUGAAUAAAUGCAUGGAGGAGCUACUAAUUAUGUCAGAGUUUCUUGGUUAUUUAAUAGUGCAGGAGGGGCUUUUUAUUUGGCCCAUGAUACAUGGUGAGGGGAAGUUUUGGUUUGUUUUGCUAAUUGCAGCACGGGGGAGAGAUCAGUUAUGGAAGUAAGGAAAAAACUUUGGCUCACCGUGCUGUCCAGAUAAAAAUGAUGAGUUUGUGCAAUUUUUUAAACAAAUACAUCUGUAUUUUUAAACAAAUACAUCUGAUGUAAUUAGCAGUAAUGCAUCUGGCAUCACAUGUAGUUGGCCCUAAAAGUAAUUGUUUCAUUACGUUAGUAAACUCCGAAUGCCAUAACAUCUAGCAAAAAGACUAUUUUUAAUGUAAACCUGUGAAUAUGUAGAUUUUUCUGUUUGGGUUGCUGAGAAUUUUUGCUAGAGUGUUUGCUAGAAUUUAGAAUGCUUGCUAAAUUAAGUAUUUUGUUUUUCUAGAAUUCUACAAGUGCCAGCUGCCUAUUCCCCUAUUGAUCCAGAUGCCCCUCCAAACUUGUCUGCAUAUUUUAUGAAAAAGUGUAACUUCCAAUAUGUCCUUGUGGAGAAAGACAGAGUUGAUGUAAGUGCAAAAGCUGUCAACAUGUUUAAAUUGGGAUAUUAAAAUGAGAUUUUGAAUUACACCUCACCUUUCAUUUAUCAAACAUACAGCUUAAUAUUGCAUGUUUUAUUAGAAAUCAUCCUGCUGAGUUCAGUGGGAUGUACUCCUAAGUAAGAAUCUUCGAGAUAGUGAUGGCAUCAACUUGGAUGGCUUGCAAAGAGAAUAAGACUGUCUGUGACUACUAGUCUUAGUAUACCUUGUGUUGUCGGUUGCAUGCCUCUUUACACCAGUUUCUGGGAGAAGUCUUUGUACAAGUGGGAAGACUACAGUUAUGCUCAGUUCCUUCUCAUGGGCUUCCCAUAGGCACCUCGUUGGGCACUGUGAGAACAGAAUUCUGGCCUAAUUGGGUCUUUGGUCUGAUCCCGCAAGGUGUUUAGGUUCUUAUUGCAGUUGAAUGCUUAUUUGCUUAGUUUUAAAACCCAGUCACCUUCAUUUUUAUAUGUAAACUUUGCAUAAUAUAUACACAUUAAUUUGUACAUCUGUUUAGAAAAUGAAAAUUUGCCUAUCCAGGAUGGAAAGAAUCAACAAAAUUCAAAACCUUAUUAAACUAGUAUACCUGGAAGUAAAUUCCAUUGAACUCACUGGGCUGUAGCAAACUCCUGGUUUGUCUACUUGUUGUGGAGGAGUUCUUAGGGUGCACCCUUAGGGUUAAAAUGUCUCAUUCCUUUCAAGUCAGAUUAGGUAUCCCAAAUUUCUUAUUACUUUAGAAAGGUUUUUAUUUGUCAUAGGAGUACACUAUAGAGAAAAUAACAACAGUAUUUACACACGAGUAUUAUUCAGUUAAAACCAUUAUUUCUCUCUUUCAGAAAUUCACAGUAGCACAUGGGCAUUUGUUCUGCCAUAAUUCCUUUGAAAUACCAAAAGUUGGUUUGAUUCUUUUCCAAAGGAAGGGCAGUAAUAUUGAACAUUUAAACGAUAACAAUGAAAGUUAUGCCGUGCCAAGUGGCUUAGAGGCACAAGCAUUGGACCAGCUUGAGACAAAACCAUUCAAAGACCUGCUGGAUGUCAGACAGCAGCACUCCAUAGCAUAUAUUUUCCAUACAUCUGGAACAACAGGGAUCCCUAAAAUUGUCAGUGUACCUCAUAAAUGUAUACUGCCAAAUAUUCUUCAUCUUCGGUAAGUGCUUUUUCCCAAAAAACCUUUCAUAGAUUUUUAAAAAUAAAGGUGAGUAGCUAGAGGCCAGUUUAUUUCUUUAUUUGCUUUCAUUUAUAGCCUGUCUUUUUCACGGGAUCAAAUUCAGCAUACCUGAUGACUUUCUGCCAUAGCUGUCACCAAAUUUUGCUUGUCGUAAAUAUUUAGAAUUCAGAACUUGUAUCAGAAUAACACCAUGUUUUUUGCCUGACUUCAUUUAACUCUAGGUUUGUUUUUUAAAUGAGUUUGGUGGUAAUUUUUGCUCUGAUAGCAUGCUUGUAAUUAAUAUUUAACAUUGUCAGGGUGGUGAAAGUUUGGCAUAUUUUGAACAUACAGCAUACCUAUAUAUGCAUACUGAAUAGAAAGUGCCACUGAGUUCAGUGGGUCUUACUGUCAAGGAAUUGGCUGUGGGAUUGCAAUAUAAGUGACAGAUGUCAAAAUGUACAUCUGUACAAACAUAAUGGCCCAGUUCACACUUAGACUAAACCGCAGUUUAUGUGGAAGACCCUCCAUGAAUUCUAAUGACCUGUUGGGCUCACUCCACCACCCCCAUCUCUCACAGCAAGAAGGAGAGAACUUAAUUUUGCUAUCAAAGAAUCUCUGCUUAGCAAGUAUUAACCAGGGAUUUGGUUUAAAACAAGCAGUAGUUGUUAAGCAAGUAAACUUCAAACCAUGGAUAAUGAAAUGGGCUUUUUUCAGUAACCAUUAUAGUUUUAAGUAAAAAUCCUUCGUUCAUAUGUAACGUUACGCCAAAUUCUUUAAAAGUGAAACAAAAUACUGUAGACCUCCUCCUCCUCAUUGCACAGGGGGAGGUGGGAGUGGAUGAGCCUGAUGAUUUGAUCAGGCUCAUGGAAACUCAUCUACAUAGCACUAAACCAUAGUUAAGUGUUAUAUGCAAACCUCAGCCAUUGAUUUAUUUGUGAUGGCAUGGUAUGCUUGAACAUUGCAAGAGUAAAACUACUGUACUUCAACUUCAUACGCCUUGCAACAAAUGUUGAGUUUCAGAUCUGAUGUCUCUUUUGAGUACAGAUUUUCCCAGGAGAACCCCGUGUCUGCUGUUGGUUGAUUUCCCAGUCCCCUUCAGCUUGACAAGGCUGUUAGAGAAAUUGGUAAUAAAUGAAAUAUGAGUUCCCACAGGAAUAUGGACCUCUUUUUAAAAAAAUGAAUUGUGCAGAAAUUAUUAGGAAGAUUCCUUGUUCUUCUUUUUGUGGGCUUGUGUUUUUUACUUCCUUGAUCAGCAGAUGUGUUGGGGGGAAGAGACAACUGAAGAUCCCAAAUAACACAGGUGUAUCACCCAAGCAAUGCAGAUACUUCCUAGACUGGUGUCUCUUGGGGCUGGUUCACACAAUAUUCAUCACUUUAUCCCACCAAGAUUUAAUACUACAAGCAGAAUUCCAUCACCUCUAAUGCUGUGCUUUUGAAAGAAGUUAGCUGGCUGUAAUCAAGUGUAAAAAAACCAAACCAAACCAAGUGAUGGAUGGGUGAAACAUCCCCUGGAAAACUGGGAUUUUUUUUGGUACAGUAUUUCAGCUAGUUAUUUAACUGCAUCUGCAAGUUGCAGAGUAAGUAGUAAAUAUCUAUUGUUGUUUGGCAUGUUGCUUUCAUAUUCAUCACAACCUAGCUUUUAAAAUUUUUUUCUAAUUGUCUUUAAAACUUUUAUCUUUCUCCUCACCAACAGAAUUUUUGUUUUUCAAGAGCUUUGUUGUAAUUCCAGUUGAUUGUUUGGAUGCACUGCUUUCAUAACAGAAAUAAUAAACCAUAUGUUUCUUAUGGGUGAAUUAAGCCAUUAAGCCAUUUUGAGUUCUUAAAAAAAAGCAAAAAGCACAGGCAGCCUUGAAGAAACACUUUAGUUUUUGUAUUCUAUUUUUCAUUUCAGUUUAUUUCCUAACAUGGUACUCAUUAUUUUUCUUCCUUAUCUGCUUGACCUGGUUUUUAUUUUGGACCAUUAAGAACAUUUUGGAUGUAAUCCAGCAGUGUUAGGUGCUUUUAGGUUUCAUUUAUUUUUCUCCCAAAUACAUGGAAUUUGAAAGUGCCUGGCUUUGGCUGGACUGUACCCUACAGCAGUUGAUUGCGCCCUGCCUUUUGUGAUAGCAGCAAUUUAGGAUCUGGCACAAUCACAUAGAAAGUGGGCUGAGCUGAGGGUUUGCUGGGUGGGGAGCACAGAACACUCCCCAUGGCCACAGAUUUGCUUUACCUGCCCACAGCCCCUCUCCCCAGACACUUUUCCCCAAAUGAGUGCUCUGAUAUCAGAUGCGACUAUGACUAAGGGGAAAAAUCUUGGGGGGGUGGGGAGUAACUACAAGGAGACAAGCUAUUGGUGGGACAGGAAGAAUUUGACUACAGUCACCCACCAUGUCCUUUUUAAAUUAACCUCAUUCUGUGCUGGGUUUGUUUAAUUUUACAACAUUUUAUUGUGCUUUGGGAUUUUCCUGUAAUUAAAGUAAAAUCAAUUGCAAACCUUCCAGUUUCAUGUUGAGUUUUUUUAAAAAAAGAAGCCUGGGAAACAUUCUAGGUUACAGAAAAUAAUUAUUCAAGCUUGACAGAUUUUAAACAAAUAUAUAUCCUGCCAGAGCUGGAGAACAAGAAGACCUAAGGGAGAGAGAAAACUGGACCCACAGAAUAAUUGAAUAUUCCAGGUGGAGGAAAUGAAAGUGGGUAGGGGGCAGUCGAGCAUUUUCAACUUGCCAUGCCCUCUUAUAUUGGUGGGAGGGGGUUUCAUUGGCUUGUUUGAUGCCUGUAUGAUUCUGUACAUCUCCAUUGUUAGAUAUGGGGGGGGGGUCUAUCUGUGAAAUUGCUAGUUUUGGAUUCCAAAAUGCAUGCGAUGGUUGAAGAGGUAUUUGUGUGUCUUUUUUCUUUAGAGAUGUAUUUAAGGUCACACCAGAUGAUACAGUGUUUAUGGCCUCUCCCCUGACAUUUGAUCCAUCUGUAAUUGAGCUGUUCAUUGCUCUGGCAAGUGGGGCUUCCCUGCUUAUAGUUCCUAACCUGAUUAAAAUGAUGCCACAGGAGUUGUCUGAGGUUCUUUUUCAGCACCACAGAGUGUCAGUAUUACAGGUAAGAUAUGAGAAGUGCUAACUGUUUGCUCUGAAUGCUGCUUCUGCACAACACUGGAAUACAAUGAUGAUCAAUCAGUACAGUCAUUUGGCUUCUGUGCAUUUUUAAAUCUCUCACUGAAAAUGUGCAGUGACUGUGAAAAAUGAGACUGACAUGUUAAGGAUCAUUAGGAAAAGGAUGGGGUGGGGGGAAUGUGCUGUGUUUGUUUUUCCAAGUGUAGCUUCUGUCAGUGUUCCACUUGAGCUUUAGACUCAGUUGACCUGCUUUUAUUAUAUGAGUAAAAAAAAUUAAAAAAAUAAAAAUAAUCAGCAUGUUGCUUCCAAGUAAAUAUUAUGGAUUUGAGCUAUAUGUGUACUUAGGAUAUAUGCAACCUUUGUUUACAGCUUCUUAAAAUUUGGACAUUGACUCAUAGAAUAGUCACUGAGUAAUUGCAGUUUGCAGAGUUUCUGCUUAGGGUUGUGUCAGAGAGAAAAGAGGCCACUUAGCCAUGGCUUGUCUUCCAGCAGUGAAUUAAAGCCCUAUCACUCACUGUGCGCAUCAUGAGACAGUGUCCAGGUGUCCAGAUAUUGAGAACCUAGUCUUUAUGACCAUAGUCCUUGACUAGCAGAACCAGUAAUGGGUUCUCAGUAGCUACACAACUGAUCCUGCUGAUUUCUCUUUUCAUCCAACAUUAAUAGUUUCCAAGCAGCACAAAGUACAUGGAAAGUUACAGUGCUGACAUUCUCACUUAGAGGGGCCCUAAGUCUCCUGCAGUCUAAAUUCUGUCCACAGGGCUUCUAGUUGCCUGUUUCUGUUGUAUAUGGUAGUACAAGUAACAGAAAUAGAUUUUGGUGGAUGGCAGAUACUUAUCUGGAAACUUAUUUCCUAUAAUGCAUAGGCUACACCCACACUUCUGCGCAGAUUUGGAGUUCAGCGCAUUAAAUCAACAGUGUUGUCUGCUGAUACGUCAUUGCGAAUCUUAGCUCUCGGUGGAGAAGCAUUUCCUGGACUGAAUGUGCUAAGAAGCUGGAGAGGAAAGGGAAACAAAACACACGUGUUUAAUAUCUAUGGUAUUACGGAAGUUUCCUGCUGGGCCACAUGCUACAAGGUUCCUGAGGAGGUUUUUAGUUCUGAUCACCGGUAGGAAAUGUCAUUCUGUUUUGCUGCCUGCAUGCACACUUUGGUUGAUGAAUAAAUGAUAAAAAGCUUAGUAGUACAAAUCCUCUGUAGAUGGAAUGAUCUUAGUGGAUUUCUGUGGGUGUUUGAUAUGAGAGAGAAUUUCAAAGGCAGGCCCUUAACAUUUGGAUAAAAUGACCUUAAAGAAGUAGUCAUGUUUUCAAUAGUACUUGUGUUGCAUUUUUAAUCUUAAGAAAUAAUUCACAUGAGCUGAAGCAUCUGUCAGAAAUGGUUGUUGGCGUAUUUCUUUUUCCAGAGAUGCUUUCUAACAUCUACAUGAUGUUUGGGCUGAGAUGUCAUCAACAUGCAGAUGAGACAUAGUUUUGCAACACUUUUCCACCUAAUCCCAGGGAGGCAGUGGAAAAUCUGAACAUGUCUAGGGGCUAGAUUGGGGUACAUGACAAUGAAUAAGUUGAAAAUUGAACCAGACAAGUGCCUCAGGUUGGGAAAUAUGCAACUCUGACUGGUAGUCCGGGACAGAGUUGCUUUCCUCCAAGAGGGCCAAGUAUUUAGUUUGGGAGUACUCCUGGAUUCUUCACUUUCGAUGUUAUAUUUUAGAACUUCUCUCCCUGUCUCCUACUCCUACAUUACUUUUCCCUUUUUUCUCCUUGGUUUUAGAUUUGAUUCCCUUGUACCACUGGGAACCCCACUGUCUGGAACAACAGUUGAAGUCAAGGAUGCUAAUGGUUCUGCCGUUCUAGAAGGUGAAGGUCAAGUCUUCAUAGGUGAUUUUCUAUCUAAUAUUUUUAAUUAUAGAGUUUACUACCUGAAGGUGUGGUGAAAGCCAUGAGCUUAAAUGGUCCUUUAAAAGGAUUAGACAAAUCUAUCAACAGUUGCUGGUCAUGAUAGCUACUUUGAACCCCUAUGUUCAAAGACAGUAUGCUGGAGAAGAGUGAGCAAGCAGGCUGUUUCCAUCAUGCGCUGUACCCUGCUGGAUCAAACCAGCGGUACAUCUAGACCAGCAUUCUGUUCUCACCAUGGCAAAUAUGACCAGUUGCCUAGGGGAAGCCAUAAACAGCACUCUCCUGUAAAAAAGUUUCUGACUUCCUGGAGGCAUUCAGUUGACCAGCACUAUAAACAAGAUGCUGGACUUUUCCUCUGAUCCAGCGGGGCUUUUAUUUUAUUAUUAACUGCGUUUAGAACUUCUGGGAACAACCCUGUGGUUUUAUUUACUGGUGACUUGGAGCCUUUGAAUAACCUAGAUAGUGGUGCUUUGAAGCAGAUUGGCAUUCGUUUUAAAAAAUAGUUUUUUGUCUGAACUAGCAUGUUAUCUCCUGUUCUUGUUAGCUGGGCAUAACAUACUGGCACAUCCAAAUUAAAAUGUGGUAUUUUUGGUUGUCAUUAUCCUAAGACAACUUUUUAACGACAGCAUCAGCCAAAUUUUAAAUAAUCAGUCAGGAUGUUGCUUUUCGUAUCCAUUCUAGUCACCUAGUGUAAAUGUUUCAGAUUUUUAGUAUUUGGUUUUUUAAAAAACCUGUGCCUUCCCCCAGCUGGAUGGCAUAUCUGUUGCUUUCUUUUUCUUUUUCUUUUUUCUUUUGUUACCUGCUCUUUAGCCAUCUUUCUGGCUCUUGAUGUCUGCUUGUGGACCACUUUGGUCUGCAUGAUCUUUUUUUGAACAGGAGGUGAGGAACGUGUCUGCUUUCUUGAUGAUGAAGUAACACUACCUAAGGGCACAAUGAGAGCAACUGGAGACUUUGUAAGAGUAAAGGAUACCGAAAUGUUCUUCUUGGGGCGGAAGGACAAUCAAAUUAAACGUCAUGGCAAGCGCCUCAGUAUUGAAUAUGUACAGCAGGUAAUGUAAUAAAUAACUAACUAUCAAAGUUCUUAGGUAGACUGAGAGAGCCUGGUCAUGAUCUUUGUCCUGUUAAUCUCAUUUCUGGAGUACUGCAAUGAACUCUACAUAGGGCUACCCUUGAAGACUGUCCGAAAUAGGCAACUGGAGCAGCAAGAUUGUUGUACAAGAUGGAAUCGUGACAUAUUUCCUGGGGAUUAGUUCCUUUUGAUGGUCUUUCCCCAGUUCGUAAUUCAUGUGGACACACUGGACAGCAAAACGGGGCAAGAGACUUGAUUGAAAGGGUUCCCUCUAGACAAUAGGGUUCCUCAAGAUAUGCAAGAAAAUCCUGCCUUUAAAAAUCUAGACCCCAUUCCCAUACCAACUCUGGCGGGGAAUGAGGGCUGCACAUGCAUACUACCUUUAUUCUGCCUUUGAAUGUUGAUAACAGAGAGUAACAUACAGGCACAAACCCUCUGAUAGCCAUGGCAUUGAAGAGGAGCAAGCAGUCUGCUUUCAGAAGGUGGCACAUGGCCUUGUAUCUGGCUUCAUAGAUACCCCACUGAAGACUUUCUGCUUGAGCCCUGUGCUUCUUGUGUUACUAGUGGGAAGGCUGUUGUCUUUGUCUUCUCUACUCAUCCCUCUCUAUUUUUUUGUACAUCCGUAUUUGUACUUUUCUGAAAUAGCAUUGAGUAUUCAGUAACUCUUAUUUGAUUGCUAUCGAUUCAAUACCUUCUUUUCACGGUGUAGAAUAUUGUUCUACAGAAGAUGCCCAAUAGAAGAAGAUGCAUUUGGAAGCUCUAAAAUUAUUCUCUCUGGUUAAUAGUAGCCUAGACUCCCCCCCCCCCCCCCGAAAGAUAGUUAUUUCAGCCAUACUGGAAAAAUCAAACAAUACUCAAAGCCAACAGUAUUUAUUUACUUUCCAUUCACAUCAUGUGAUAGGAAUUUGUGAUAUGACUAUCUCAUGAUUAAAAUAUUUGUAUUCAUUGCCAGCGUUGUUCUCUCCCCACCUCCCCUGCCUUUCUCUGUAGCUGACAAAUAGCUACCUUUCAAGCAUUCUGUGUAAGUGGAAUAUUUAUAGACUCCUACACGAAUAGAGGUUCAAUAAAAAGUGCUUAUGCAUCUCUCAUUGUCUAGGUCCAGCAGUGCAAUAACAUCCACCCAGCUUUUCAAAUUACAUAUUCUGCUCGUUCUUCAGUGCAAUAAUUUUUAUGGAUUUGAAUUAUAAAAUGAAGAAAGAGUUGAGGAAAAUAGAAGCAUCUGAUUUACUUCCUUAUAUGUUGCUUGUAGUUGUAGUUUUCUGUAAUUGUUGCUAGAUUAAGCCAGAGUAAUCAAUUUAUUUUUCAGAUUGCGGAAGGCUACUGUCAAGCAGAAACAUGUGCUGUGAUAUGGUAUCAACUGGAAAAAUUAAUUCUGUUUGUUGUGCCCAAAGGCAAUUUAAAAAAAAGAGACAUUUUAAAGAAACUCCAAGAACGUCUUCCUAGCCAUGCAGUCCCAGAUGAGGUUUUGCUGAUUGACACUUUACCAUUCACAUCACAUGGUAAGAUAAAUUAUGUUUAAAUAAAUGUCCUUAGUAAUUUAUAUUAAGCACUCUUCCAUUUUAAAAAUCAGCUCAAAUUGAAAGUAUAUUAUUUAAAAACGCAUGCAGGACCGAUACAGUGCAAACAUCCAUGCAUACCAAGUUUUGAAAGUCUGGAAAAAACACACACAAAAAGGUCUAAGCAUGACAGCAACGAUUACAUAGAAAUCUCACUUAUCAAGUCUCCUUGGGGAGUCUGUCCUAUAAUUGCAGUGUAACUUUGCAAGCAGUAUACGUAUAUGUUGUGUUUAAGUGUUGUGUAGAAGCCAAAUGUGUCCAAUUCUUUAGUGAAUCUCAGCAAAAGCAGAGCCAUUCUCAGAGCUUUAAUUUUCCUUUUUCUUGGAGCAACAGACAUACAAGAAACAGUUUUGACACUCUCAGAACUGGUUUGCCAUACAGAUUAAAGGACAAGCUAUAUGUUAAGCUUCACUAAACGCAUAGAGCUAGCCUGAAUUGUGAUGGAUGGUGAUCUAUGCAUACAUACACAUCUCCUGCAGCCUCCCCAUCAUCACCACCACCCCACUCCUCCAUCAGGCAUGGAUUGCAUUAGGAAAGAAACUCCCGUGGGCAUUAAUGUGAUAUUUUUUUCCUAAUGCUUAUUGUCAUGCUGGGAGGUGUGAGUUGAGGAUUUGUUUACCAAGAUCAUAACUGAGGUUGGAAGACUUAAACCUCCAGCAAUGCUGUGCUUCCAGUGACUUUCAUUCCCCUUGCAUUGCUUCUGAAAUUUUAUUUUAAAAAUACACACAGCAUGAUUGCUAAUGUAGGUAACAUAAUGUGUACUUCGUCCUUGAGGUCUGCGUUGUAGUAAAAUAGAUGUGCAUGCCUAUUUGUACCUAAUGAAACUUCGAGCCUUAGCAAAUAUGUUGAAAUCCUUACCUUUCAUAUAUUUUUUUAAAAAAACCUUUUCUUUUGUACAAAGGCAAAAUGGAUGUGUCUGAGUUGAGCAGGAUUUACGGCAGCCAUUUGAACUCUAGAAGGUGUGACAGUAAGCUGAAGGAGAAUGAAUUGUGGGAGAGAUUGCAGCAUUUAUGGAAGGUAGGGUUUUAAGCUGCAUCUGUAUCAUAGCAAUUGAGUUUCCAUACAUGUUAGGAAUGCAGGAGAGGAAUAUAGUCUAAAUAUUUUUUGGCAUGUGCAGCAUAUAUUACAAAUCCCUACAUUAAUUUGGUGUUUUACUACAGCUUUGCAAUAAUUACGGUAUAUGGAAACAAUUAUCCCGCUCCCCUACUCACCCUCAUGGAAGGCUUAAAUUUUGGUAAACAAAUGUAGCAAACAGAUUGGUUUGCUGCCAUCUAAGCUAUCAAAACUUUCAGAAAACCAUUUCCUAAACUAAAAGAACUAUGGCUAAGUUAAGACCCCAGACCCAGGUUCUUGGCGUAAAGUGAGCACAGAGAAAGGGUUUCCUUAUUUCAGUGUAAGAGAAAGGGAGCAAUAACAAUUGCUUCCUUUUCUUUUCGUCCCAACAAGUUUUGCCCUGUUUUAUAGAAAAAAAUCUGGAGUGAGCCAAGAUUUUGGGUUGUAUCCAAUGUUAUUCGUACUGAAAUUAAUGGGCAGAACUUAAUUGGAUAAUCAACUUUAGUUUGACUGGCCAGCUACUUUGAUCAUUGUUUUGUACUCUUUUUAUAUUGUUUUAUGCUUUAUUGUUGUAGACCACCUUAAUAUUGUAGUAUAUAAAAGGCAAUAUAAACACUUUUAUUAAAAUAAAAUAAAAUAAAAUAAAAUAAAAUAAAAUAAAAAGGACUUCAUUCCUACAUGUGCAACCUUUCAGGGGCAAUGUGCCAGUACUGGACAAAACAAAACAGAAGUAGAAGUGGGCAGAACCAUUGGUACAAAAUGCUGCCUUCCAGCUGUGCAAAAGCCAAAGGUUUCUAUGCACGCACCCAUUCCGCUCCAUCAAGGCAAGCAAAGAGGCAUUAUCAAAGUCAAAAGUGUGUGCAUUACAUGUUUUGCUUCUUCCUUUCACCCCCUAGGCUGUUCUGAAUUUCCCAGAUGAAUCCACAAGCAUUUUAAAAGAGUCACGGUUUUUGCACAGUGGCGGGGAUUCCUUAAAAUCAUUACAGUUCCAUGAUGAAAUUGAACAUAUGGUAGGCAAGCCUGUCCCUGGCCUCCUGGAGAUUAUUCUCAGUAGAUCCAUCGAAGAGGUCUACAGACAUAUCUUAAAAACAGUUUUCCCAAGCGAAAACCUGAAAUUAAGCUGUAACAAUGCUGUAAAAAGAAAGCUGAGUGAAAGCAGCAGAGAGGAGCCCAGUAAAAAGUAUGUGCAGCUAAAACCUGAAAGAUCCCCAGUAGUUGAAUCAAAUUUUGUUGGAUUUACUGCCGUGACCCGAGGAAACCGGUUGUUGUCUAUGGGUGACCCCUUGAAGAACCACAGUAAUACAGAGCAAGCAGGAGAGAGCGAAGUUUUGCCGAGUGUGCGGGAUAAAACAAUUGUCAGCAGUGCAAAUAUGGCAGAAGAUGAUUCUAUACUAAACACUCCUGUACAUGAGAAUCUUGGGCAAACGGCUGAAAAGUUAAUGUUGCAUCUCAGAUGGAAGUCAGACCUGGGCAAAUGUGUGGAUGCAUCUCCACUAGUUGUCACCGAAAAAUUAUCUGCCUUUGUGUAUAUUGGAUCACAUUCUCACGUGAUACAAGCAAUUGACCUAUAUUCAGGAAAAGUCAAGUGGGAGAGAAACCUUGCAGAUCGCAUUGAGUCAUCCGCCUGCGUAUCUAGGUGCGGAAACUUCCUUGUUGUUGGUACGUAUUUAUCGCUUUUCUCUUUGCUUUGGCAUUCUAAGCAAGGGGUGGCUAACCCUCAACCUGCAGGUCUUACCUGCUCCCCCAAGCAAUUUUGUUCCUUUUCUCCCUCAAGGUCUUAGCCAAUUUGGCAGUGGCAGAAACAAAACAAGGAAAGACAUGGUGCUGGUUGAUCAUUUGAUCAGCAGGGAGGGGGCAAUUACAAACAGAUCAGGUCAGAUGUCCUGUAUAUUUAUGUACAAGGCCAUGGUGUGGCUAUACCUACUUUUAGCUACACCCAUCAUUGGCCAAGAGUGAAUAAGGUCCAUGGGCCAAAAGAGUUUAGCCACUGCUCUUCUAAUCAAAACUUACAGCAACUGAACAACUAGUGAUUUUUUAAGACCGCUUCAUAGUUCAGUAGCUGAUUUAGUUCUUUUUUUUAUUCCAAUAAAUGUGGGAUGUACCAUGGGCUAGUAGUUUUCUCAGCAUAUGAAAAGCAGUGCCCACCAAUGGAGACCAGUUUAUAAAGAAUCCCACGGAAGUUUUGAAUGGACUUCCUGUAUUUGAAUGAAUGAUAAGCAUGUAAGGACUUCAAAAAUUCAGUAUUUUUGUGGACAGUUAAAUAAUUCAGUGCCUAUCCAAAUAUAUCUGCUUUCUGUGGCUGUGAUUAUUUGCAGGAUGUUAUAAUGGGUUGGUAUAUGUCCUCAGAAGGAGUGAUGGAGAAACACACUGGACAUUUGCGACUGAGGAUGCUGUGAAAAGUUCUCCAGCUGUGGAUCCUUCCACAGGAGUAGUCUUCAUUGGAUCUCAUGACCGCCAUGUAUACGCUUUAGAUAUUUAUGUAAGUAGUCAUGAAUGUUUGGCCAAUAAGAAAUAAUGAAAAUGCCUCCUAUAUCCAUAUAGCGCAAAGCAAGUCCCUUUGAUUUUAGUGGAGCUUCUAGGUAAUUUAGAAUUGCAGUCUUAACGCAAGUUAGUAAAAUGUAGCUCAAGCUCCGUAAGAAACUGAAAGCUACAAACCGUCAGCUGUUACGGGCUUUUAAAAAUCCCAGUUAGCUAGACCUGCUUUAAAUGUGGUCAGCUUAUUUGGUGCUUACAACCCUAACACCGCUGCUGAGUGUGUCUAAUGCCGUUUAUGAGGUAGAACUGUGAACCCCGUAUUUUUGUUCUGAAUAGUAAUAAUGAACUGGUUGCCACUUUGGAUAUAAGUAUCAUCCCAAUUAAGCACAAAGAUUCUUCCACAGUGGAACACGUGCUAACACUGUACCAAUUUGCAGAAUUUUGAAACCGUGUAUUGCACUUUAACAUUUAGUUGAGCAAUGGAAUCAUUAACUUGCAUUUGUCUUUCUGUUAUGCUGACAGAGGAAAGAGUGUGUCUGGAAAUUACACAGUGAAGCUGGAGCUGUAUUUUCCUCUCCUCACCUAAAUCUGUUACCACAUCACCUGUAUAUUGCUACACUUGGAGGACUGCUGCUAGCUGUAAAUCCAGUAUGUAACUUUGUUGCUGUUUAUGGUCCAGAAAUAAUACAAAUGGAGAAUUAAGAACUCAGGGUAGGGAGAGGUAAUAGUAGAUGCAACAGUAGCUUGGGAGACAGUGAGAUGAGAGAAAUAACCCACAGGAGCCUCCUACUGUUUUGACAAUGCAUGUUGUGUUAGCAUACACUCACCACAAGAAACAUCAUCACAAACAGAACUUGUUUGGGAAUCAAAAAGUUACUUUUUUGUUUAAUUCCAUUGGCUUAGUUCAGAACCAUUUCCCUUCUUGAAUAGUUUGGUGAUUUGUAAGGUGGUGACAAGUUUAACUAUGGCCAGUUUCUUCAGCAACAUAUAUCUCUAGUACAGGAGAACCAUUCCUAAUUGCUUAACUUGAUUGAUGGCAUUGCCUUGUUUCAGCUGUACGUUCUUCCCAUUUUAUGGCAGAAUAUGUACCUUGGGGCCUGUGAAGUAGGGAAACACGGAGAGCUGUGCUAGUUCACUUGUUACUGCAUUUGUCACUUAUAUCUCAUACUGUUAGUGACAAAUUCCAAAUGGAUUGGAAUUAGAAGUAAUGAAGUAUCUUCAUUGUAGGAGCAGCUACUCAGAUGCUAAAGGAAGAAUGUUCUCUCAUUUUCCCAGUAUCAGAUACUUCUAUGUCUUUGGCCAGCUGCUUCAUUUUCCCAUUAGUUGAAGCCAUGGGAUGUACUAAAACCAUACAUUUCAUGCAUGCAUUUUCAGAUUACGGGGAACGCAAUCUGGAAGAGCUUUUGCGGAAAACCUAUCUUCUCAUCACCACAUUGCAACAAGGACUGUGUAUGUGUAGGAUGUGUGGAUGGAAAUUUAUAUUGCUUUAGCCACUUUGGAGAAAAGGUAAGCACCUGUCUUUAUUAUCUUUUCUUGUUUUCAAAACUUGGAUUAGAAUUAACUCAAUUCACACCUUUUAGCAUCCAUACUGGCCCAAUGGCGCUUGUGUUAUGUAAAUCUGUUUUUCACAAGUAAGAGUCACACUGGAGCAGAGAAAAGGUCUAUCUAGUCCAGCAUCCUGUUUCACACAGGGGCCAGGCAUGUCUGCUAUUGCCUUCAUGUCAUUUUUGCACCCGAGUGCAUCACAUUACUAAGGAUUGGGAAGUUUUGGUCCACAAGCCAAAUGUGGUCCACCGGUUACUUCCAUAGAGCCCACAGUUGGUGCAGGUUAUCACCACCAUUGCAGCAGGUUCGGACAAAUUCCUCCUUCAGGCCGUGGAGCCCAGUAGCAUUUCUAUCAGGAAGAACUUGAUACAGUGGGGAUCAUUGGAAUGCCCUUGAAAGCACAAUGCAGGCUAGCUUAUAGCCUGCCUGAUAUGCAUCUCCAAAGGUCUUCUCAAGUGGACUCCUGUCUGAGGAUGGAAGCCUUGGAAAGAUGAGAUCAGCUGGGGGCCCUUGCUGGAAGCUGCUCCAUACUUUUUCUUGAAAGUUGAUGUAUGCAGUAUCUUCCAGAUUGGAGUUGGAAAAUUCCAGUAGGUUAGUGAGACGGGACUUACCUUUGCAGAAGCCACGUGAUUAUUCAAACCCCCCAGUGCAAUAUACAUGUCUACUCAGAGGCAAGCCCCAUUGAGUUCAGUGGGGCUUUCCCCAGGUAAAUCUGUAUAGGAUUGCACACUUGAUAAUGCUUUCUACCAGUUUACUAGAGCUGAUAGUGGUAACCUAACUGGAUUAUCGUUUCAGUAUCUUUCUAGUCCAUAAGACUGUUCUGCUUUAACCUUUGAUUUUAAUACCCAAAUACAUAUUUAUAAGCAUAAUUUAUCUCAACAUGUGCAUUUUGAUACUUCUUUGAGCCAAGGACUGUUAUAACUUUGAGAAGUCUCUUUACAUACAUGUUGAGUUCGCAAGCGCCAUCGUUGCUGUUUCUAGUCAGUUCAACACUUCCAUCUCACCCAAAGUCCUUGGGUCCAUCUAGGAUUUACUAUAAGGUCAAGUCCUAGUUCUUGGUUCCAAGACCAACUUGUUCUAGGACGUCUAGAAAUUUUGCCUUAGUCAUGUCUGGCACAUGCAUCUACCCAGUUUGUGUGAGUUAUCCAUAGCUACAGCAUUUCUUCCUUGAUUUUGCUCUCAAGAUCACUCUGGGCAUUGUGCUUAGUGGGGUGAGAGGAUGUCUCUACUACGAUUUUAUUUUAUUUUUGUAGGUGGGGGGACUGCUUUUGCUAUCAACUGCAGUUCUUGGGAGUAUCUAUCACUUUUGAGUUUUCUAGUUGGACUCUGGUGACUUCAUCUUCAAGCCCUAAUUCACACAUGCAUAUACUUGGAGGUGCUUCACUUUAGGUUUCAGUUGAGGACUUGGCAGCUGAAUAUAUGGAAUAUAUGCAAAUAUGUAUGAGGUGAUAAGAAAGCUCUGUGUACUUCUUGAGCUGUGAUAGCUGCUUCAAGUGAAGCAGCUACUGAAUAUCUUAAUGAAUGCGCGUGGGUGAAAUGAAAAAGGUGAGUCUGCUGGAUUAGGCCUCAAAUUGUAUAAUUUGUAAAGUUAUUUGUGAGGAGGUACAAAGGCUGGCACUCAUUUGUGGCAGCAGUAAAACAUCUGGCUGACAGUAAUAGAAAUUUCAGGAACUUAUUUACUUUCUCGAUAUUGUCACGCAGAUUUGGAAGUUUUCCAGCAAUGGACCAAUUUUUUCAUCGCCAUGUAUUUCAGAUUUUUCCAGCGAUAUAUUUUUUGGAUCCCAUGACAACUUUACUUACUGCUGCAGUACGGAAGGUAAUUUAUUGUGGAAAUUUGAAACAACAUCAACUGUAUAUGCAAUUCCAUUUGUUUUCCAUCAUCCUGCCUUACAAGGUGAAACACUUCUGGCAGUGGCAUCCACAGAUGGCAAAAUAUGGAUCUUGAAUGCCAAGACUGGCUUGGUAGAAGGUGAAGAGAAGCUUCCAGGAGAAGUGUUCUCAUCUCCUGUUGUAUGGGGAACAACGAUCAUUGUAGGCUGUAGAAAUAACUAUAUUUAUUGCUUUGAUUUAUGUGUUUCUAAAACCAAAUAUGGUGUCUAAAAUUUCCCUUUCGGGGUAUUUUUAAUUUUGCUUGUACAAAAUAGGGCUGGGUGGUGUUAGGUUUUCAACAUCACAAUGUACCACCAGCCAAGCACUGUGAUCUGACGAUACACCGUGAUGUUGAAACAAGCCGCGUUGGCCCCACCCUGUGAGGUGUGGGGUAAAACUGCUGCAGCUCUCACUGCAGGAGCUGAGGAGCUUUCACCCCAAUGCCUCAUGGGCAGGGACAAUGCAACUUGUUUGCACUGCUCAGCGAGUCCAAUGUCUGCUGAGGGGCAGGCAGCCAUAUGCCCCUAACAGAGAGGUUUAAGGGGGGAACCCCACCCCCACCUCUGGCUUAGGUGAGGUGGGGGCUCUGUUACACUUGAGGAAGCCCGGCGAGCUACCUCUUUCUCCCAGGAGGUUGAGGCAACCCGCUCACCCCCCCCCAAGUGUAAUAGAGCCCCAACCCCACCACUGGCUUGCUACACUUCCCUGCUGAGCGGUGGGCAGCUACGCAUCCCAGAACUUCAAAGGAGCCAUCUGCCUGUGCAGGCAGCUGAGGGAGGAACAAAUGUAGCUUGCUCCUCUGUCAGCAGUAUGAGGGCCAGAGCGCAAUGGCUGCUUCACUCAGUGGUGAAACGUCUGCUGCAGCUAGUUUCUCCCUUGCCCGCUGGUGACAGAGGGAGUCAGCAGUGGCAGUUUCACCCGCAAUAUACUGCCAGGUGAAGCGGCCAUCGUGGUCUGUCCCUGGCCGAUGUAUCUAUACAUUGCCCAGGCCUAGUACAAAAUAGAAAACCUUGCCUUCAGAGCAAAAACAUCUAUUAACUUAAACCGAGCUUCCUGACAUAACAGAGUUCUCUUGACAUCAAGUUACCUUGUGUACUUUACAUAAAAAUAUUUUAAUAGCCAUGGUCAUCACUGGCUAAUAUAUUAAAAUGUACUGACCAUGGCUGUGUUAGAUGCCAUACUAUAUUUUACCAGGGCACUUUAGAAUGUGGAGUAAUUUUGAUCCCCGCAAUAGCGUCAUUUGAAGUUAUGGAUUUGCUAAUACAAAGCAUUUCGAAAACAUGGCUGGAGCAUUUUAUUUGAGAGCAGCAUCAACCCCCAACACUGAUGGCGUGAUAGAAAAGUACUGUACUGAAUAUUGCAGGAAUGGAUGAGCUGAUAGGGUUCAAGGGUUCACUGUUUAACUUUUUAUCAUAUAUUGCAAUACGAUAUAUGUGCGGGGUAAGUGUCCCACCAAGACAAGGAUUGCUGCUUGCACACAACAGGACGUUCUGCCUCCUCUUCCCCUGCACAGACACCUGCUUCAGAGGGUUGAGGGAAGCACCAGAGGAAAUCAAGGGGGGAAAGCCCUGUUGCCUAAGCAGGAAUCCUUGUGCUGGCAGGACACUUAAUGCUGCUUUGGCUCAUUUCUGUAAUGUGCAAAACAGAAGUUUACAUUUGUUCCAGAAAACAGGUAGAUGUUGAAAAUCAAAGUGCUAAUGUUGUGAAACAAUGUGCUCUUUCUAUUACAUGCUAUAAAGAUCAUGCAUAGCAUACAGGACAUUUUUUAAAGGUAAUAUCUAUGUCCAUAUAGGUGCUCCUAACCGUUAUGGAUGAAUUUUUGAGUGAAGAUCACAGGGAGGUAUCUAAUGUCAUGGGAGCAGACAAGGCAUGACUUCCCUUUCCUGUCUUCCUCACUGUAACUCUCCAUGCCAUCCUAAUCUGCUUCUAAGUCCUUCAAGCCCAUAAAGCAGAUUUUAGGGACACACCGGGGGUGGGGUGGGUAGGGAAAGUUCCAUUUAUGGGAGUACAACUCACUGUUUUUUCCCUGAAUUAUCACCAACAGGAACGAACUUCUUGUUAAACCUUUUCAUGUAACCUUAAAAAAACAAGCAGCAAUGAAUAACCCAUAAAUGAAAACAUAAAUAAAAAGUACUUUCAAAGCUACAU